ACAGCACAUAGCAUCAACGAUUCAUCUCCUCUCCCUCCUUUUCGUUGUUACGGUGAAGAACAGAAGAAGAUGGCAGGCGGAUCCAAAUCCAAUCCACCAAAGCCCAGGAAGAGAGUCGACGCCGCUUCAACCGACGCUCCUACCGCCUCUCUUGUCCGCGCCAAAGAUGGCAGUGCUUUCGCCAAAUGUGACGAGUGUAACAAAACUGUACCGGUGGCUCUCAUCAGUAUGCAUAGCUGCAGCCUUGAAGCUAAAAUCAAAAUGAAUUUGGAGGCUCAAGUUAUUGAGAAGCCUGCUGAAACCAAGAAGAAGCCUGUAGAAAGGAAGAAACCUUCAACAACAGAGCCAAAUCCCAAGAAGAAGAAGUUGAAAAAGGGCAAAGAUCCCAAUGCUCCCAAACGUCCCCCUACUGCAUUCUUUUUGUUCAUGGACGACUUUAGGAAAUCUUAUAAGGAAGCAAAUCCAGAUGCAAAGGGUGUUACAGGGGUUGCAAAGGAAGGUGGUGAGAAAUGGAAAUCCAUGUCUGAUGAGGAGAAGAAGUGUUACAUUGAUAAAGCUGCUGAGCUCAAGGCAGAGUAUGAGAAAGUGUUGGAGGAGGCUAACAAUGAUGACAAAAAAAAUGAGGAAGAGGAAGGAGCUUCUUCCGAGAAGGAAACCCCUGCAGCAGAGAAGGAAACGGAAGAUGAAGUAUUAGAUGAUUAUUAGUCAGUGGCAUGUUUUGUGCUUCCUUCAGUGCCUCAAGAAAUUGUUCUGUGGUUUGGGGUAUUGUGAAGUUUUGAAUUUCUUAACGAGGCAAUGGAUUCUAUUAGGUUUCUAAA